AUGGUACAGACUCACCCCACCGAGCUAGCAUUCGUUCUACAUCCUCCUUCCCUGGAGCAACUGGAUCAGUGUCUUCAUUUUAUGACAAUUUACAACAAUCUCCAAGAGGGANUGUCCAGCAAAACACCAAAUAUGAAAGUGGAAAUCUCAAAAUCCUUUGCUUUUACUAUUUCAGCGUGCAAAGAAAGUUGUGUCCGAUAGCCUGGGGCUAGUGGAUUUUGCUAUCGGGCUAGUGAUUUUUGUUUUUAACUUGCCUGACGGGCAAGUGCUGUAUUUUGGGGGAAAUUCAAAUUGCAGAAGGAUUAUAAUCAAUCCUUCUUAUCAAAAAGGGCUUUGGGGCUAGUUGAAAUGACUCUUGGCCUAGUACAUGCUAGCUACAGCUUGCCCGAAUGGCAGGCUGUAAAACUGAUUUUCUUUGCACCCUGUAUUUAAACAUUUUUGUGUAAUAUUUGAUGAUACUAGCUCACAAAUGUCCUUUCUGACUAUUUUUCGAUUUAUGUGUGUUACUUUUUAUCAUUUAUCUUCUUUGUAGUCUUCCCCCUACCAGCCUGGCUACCGAGGAUAUGGUACAGACUCACCCCACCGAGCUAGCAUUCGUUCUACAUCCUCCUUCCCUGGAGCAACUGGAUCAGUGUCUUCAUUUUAUGACAAUUUACAACAAUCUCCAAGAGGGACUGUUCCUCAAACUAACAGUAGAGGUAAAAACAUAUUUUCAGACAUAGUUAAUAGACAGAAAUCGAUAUAUCAGAGCCAGUGGUUCCGGCUCUAAUUCAUGCUAGCCAAUGGGGUAAUACCUAUUAUUUCUCAAUUAAGGUACAACAAUCACUAUCAAUUUAAAAUCAGAGUCUACAUGGUUUAGUAUUAUUUUUGUUGUUAAUUUUGAUUCUCAACUUUAUUUCCAAAAUAGCCGUAGUAUCAGCAUUAAAGGGAUUGCAGGAAAAAAUUCGCAAACUCGAGUUGGAAAGAGCAGAUGCGGAAGAUAACUUGAAGAAAUUAGCAACAGAAUCCAGACAUUAUAAAGAUGCACUACAAAAAGAACUCCAUGUAAGAGACUCAACGCAAGGAGUGAUUGCAAAACAAAACAAACGUAGGUGAUAAAGCUUACACUGUAUUCAUUUUAUGUGAAAUACGACUGUACACUGUAGAUAAUCGAUAAACAUGCUUUAGUGCUAUUGACCACUGUUGAUAGAAGUGAAAUAAUCCUGCUUCUGUUAUAGUAGUAAAAUGAACCUCCAUUAAUUCCGUGUUUUUUUGGUAAUAGCAAGUGGCUGUUUAACCCUUUAAGCCCCAGUAUCUACAUACAAAUUCUCCAAACUGAUCUCUAUACAUUUCCUUAAGGAAUGAGUUAAGAGAAUUUGAUAAAAGAUUGAGGCAUUUUUACUUGGGCGAUCAUUUUAUUAAUUCUCAUAACUUAUCUGUUGACAAUGUAUGGAUAUCGUUGGAAGAAAAUUGAUCUUGGUCACUAUUGGGACUUAAAGGGUUAAUAGACGUUGGUCAUUUAACGGAGGCUUGUUAGACUACUUUUCCACAAAAGACAGCUCUAAAUCAGUUGUCACCUUCUAUCUUGGACUAUAGUUUCCCUCAUCAUAUUUUCAAAGCAAAGCCCUGCAACAUAUUGUAUCAAACGCUUGGUGACAACAAUAGGAGUUCUUUUGUUAGGACAGCCAGAAGGUGGCUGCAGCCGCUUGAUAGAGGUUGUACAUUAAGGUGGUUCAUUACUGACCACUUAAUGGAGGUUCAUCUGUAUAUUGGCAUUCAUUAGAUACAAGAACAUAGAAAUGUACAUGCAGCUUCCAGUACAUGUUCCUUAAGCAUAAGCAUACCAAGAAAAUUUAAAAGGUUAAUAAAAACAAAAGAGCAAAGCAGCCUUUCUGGUUAAUUAUCUUAGUUGCAUUGGAUCUCUAUACAAAAUAAGCCCAACAAAAAGUAACAUGAAAAAGUGUCACGACCAAUAUAGGACUUUCUAACUCAGUGUUCAAUUCCUAGCGAACUUAUUGCAUAUACACUCCCUGUUAUUAUUUCAAAUCUUAGUGACAGCCCUGGUGCUGUUGAAAGAUCAUUUGUAACAGCGGUGAUUUUGUUACAAAUAGCUAUGGUGAGUCCAGGGACUCCUCUUGUGAAAAAUUGUGAGUACCAGUCCAGAACCAAUAAGUCCCAGUUAAAAAAGAUGAGUCCCUGGGUCUUCAUGUAACCACACAGUUAACUCUAUAAAUACAGUUUACUGAAAGAAAAAUAUACGCAAAUUGUCAAGCACAACAAAGACUAAAAGAAAUGUGUGCCCUUAAACAACAGCCACAAGAACAGCCACAGAAAUCACACAAAGAGGAUAUACUACAAAAACCUCUUCAGAUCCAUCAAACAGAUCGAUCAAUCAAUCUUUGUGUCCUAUGGGAUGGGAUGCAUACCACAAAUUAUUUUGUGUCUUUGGGGGUUUUUAUGCGUCAGGGAUGCAGGACGCGGAGGUAACAAAAUCACUGUAACAGACAUUGUUUAAUACAGAAUUUCUCUUUAGAAUUAGAAGAAGAUCUACAGGGUGCAGAGGCCCGAUGUAACUUGCUGGAGAAGCAGUUAGAUUACAUGCGUAAGAUGGUCCAGACAGCCGAGGCAGACAGAGACACUGCAAUACAGCGAUCAGCAAUGGUGGCUAAACAAGCUGCACAGCAAACAUCGGAAGAUGUUAGAGGGCAGCUGGAAAAACUUUCAGGCCUUGAAAGAGAUCAUAUGAAAUUAACAGCACAGCAUUCUAUAGCUGAAGUGAGUUGCCAUAAAAUUUAUGCUCACAAUGGCAUUAGCUACUCUUUUAGUGUUCAAAGCUCCCAGGCUCUAAUGAGCAUCCCCCAACCAAUAAAAAAACAGUGCAUCUGCCCUCAGCCCUUCCAUCACUUCCCUUUAAUUUGUUAUUAGGAAAAGAAGUAGAAAGGAUUACCACAGCCAGUUAGUGUGCGGCCUUCUGUGCUUCUUCUAGAAUUUGUGAUGAUUAUCAUCCAUAAUGAUUUAUCUUUUCAUGUGCUUGUCUUUCAGAGUAAGAUCAGAGAACUGGAAGACAGGCUUAGAGAGGAAGCUCACCAGAGGAAAUUGGUUCAAAAUAAGACAGCCGAGGUUGUUAGUAAAUAUCAUUUGAGCAACUGCAGUUAGAGUUAAUAUUUUCUGGAAAUAUCUUACAAUGUACCUUUUUUGUCUUUUUCCUUUCUUUUUUCUUUCUUGAAAUCUUUCUUUCUUUCUUUUUGCUGUUUGAAAUACAGUAAAACCUCACCACUAAGAACCUGGAUUUUUCCAAGUAAGCCUAAACAGGUUCUUAAAUAAAAUUAUGGUGGUGACCAUGUAGCAUAAGUUUAGCCUAUUUAGCUUCUUACACUGUAAAUAGGUUCUUAUUUUCUAAUGAAAGAAAAUACAAUAUAGCUUAGAAGAGUAUUUAGUGGUUCAGCUUAUUCCUCAUAUAAAAUCUGCAUACAGAUUACCAUUACAUUGCAGUUGGAGUAUAAGGGAACCUAUGUCUCCAAAGAGGAUUCUGAAUGUUGACUUAUCUUAUUUGCCCAAGUGUACGGAAUUUGUCAUAGAUUUUAGAAAAUCAGAACGUUUUCAAAAAUUUAGGCCAGACAGGUUCUUACAUAGAGGGAGCUUAACUGGCAAAUUUUAGCCUAACAGGUUCUUUUAAUCCAGGUUCUUAGUCGCGGGGUUUUACUGUAAUCAAAUCACUGGCUUUGAAUGGCUUGCGAGUGGUAAUUAAACAUUUUCAAAUGAUUUAUUUCGAGUUUCAUCGCUACAACAGUAUGGAGAGUCACCAAGACCAUAAUGCACCUUGUUUACCCCCCCGCCAAAAAAACAGCAAUUUCUCCUCAGGGGUAUUACAGUCGUCCCAGGAGAAAUCAAAGACAAAUGUUAUGCAAAAGGCAAAAUUUGGGGGGGGGGGGGGGGGGGGGUAAAGAAGGUGCAUUAUCGUCUUGGUGAAAAUGGUGCAUAGCUUAAAUUUUAGCCAUUUCCUUGACCCUACUCUACGUGUAAUUUAAUGAGUUAUGCAAGAAGCACAAAUUAACAUUACUGCUUUCUGCAAGUAUUUCCUUGUUUUGAACUAUUACCCAUCUAUCCAAGGUAAACGGAAUAACUAUAAAAAAAAAUAUCAAGAUGCUGCCGUUAGUUUAGCACUUGUUCAGUUCAAAACUGAGCUAAACUGUCUGUGGCCAAUUCCUACUGUACCCUAUUUUUCACAGCUUAUAGUUAAAUUAAUUCAUAAUUGUUUUUCUAGCUGGAAUCAGUUGCGGAGACGAAUAGGAUCCUCAUGGACAUGACAUCUCCACCCAGGGUUAAGAAGAAAAAAAGGAAGGUGAUGACUUUUCUACACUGUACUACAUGUAGCCUCAUUUAUUUUGCGUAGUAUUAUUCCAAAGCUAAGCUAUGUUCUUUCUUUUCCUCUUUGCAGCCUCCAAAGCCCAAGCCCGCAAGAAGAGCACCACAACCGGCUAAACCGCCAGAUCAUUAUCGACUUAACUUAGGAAAUAUUCCUUUUGUCGUGGGCCAG